UUUGUUUUUUUUUGUAUUAAUUAAAAUAAAUAACGUUCAAGAUUAAACGUUCAUUUUUUAGUCUCAACUAGAACUUUUAUAAAGUAGUACAGCUUGUGACCUUGUUCAAUUAUUUUUCUUAAAAACAUGAGCAAACGUCGAACGUCGUCCAAAGAAAAGGAUCCGGUAGUAUUGAGUUAUGAAAAUUUUCUGCUACACGAAUCUGAUAUUCGCCUGCUAGUCGACGACCAAUGGUUGAAUGAUUCAGUUAUUGGGUUCUACAUGGAGUAUUUGAAUACUGAAGUGUUCAAGAAUAACUCCAAAGUAUACUUUGUCAGCCCCGAAAUCGUACAGUGCAUCAAAGAGUGUAACGUGGAAGAUAUAGCCGUAUUCCUCGACCCGUUGGUCAAGGAUAAACAUUAUUCAUACAUAUUCUUUCCGCUAAACGACCAAGAACAGCUGCAAACGGUUGGUGGCACACAUUGGUCACUAGUAGUGUAUGGAACACAAGACAAACGUCUGUUUCAUAUGGAUUCCAUAUGGGAUUCAAACGAAAAGCAAGCCAGGAAGUUAGCGUUAAAAUUGAAAUUUUAUUUUAAAGACAUUGUGGACAUCAUUACGCCACUGCCGACCAGACAACAGCAAAAUAGUUACGAUUGUGGAAUCCAUUUGAUGUGUAAUGCCGAAAAUGUAGCGCGUUUUGUGUGUGCAAAUUCCGAUAUUCGUAAUGCUGAUCCGGUUGAUGUAGAUGAUCUGAAAAACAAACGUAGCAGUUUAGUUGAACUAAUCUAUAAACUGGCGAGGAUAAAAGAAUCUACAUAGAAACCAAACUUCAACUUAACAUAUUCUUUUUGUUCCUAAAAAAUAAUUAAAAAACAAUCCCAAUGAUUAUAUGAUAAUGUAUUUAUUUUUAGCACUCAACUAUUCAUUGAAAAAUGAAAACAAAAUUAUUUAAAAAUGUUUUUGCAUUUACACUGAAAUAUAUUUUAUGUAUAAUUUAUACACAAAUAAUUUAUUAACACUAUUAUUAUUUUUAUUACUAUUUGGCAAUUGGCACUAAAUUGAAUAAUUUUGUAGUCGGUUAAUAAUUAUUUUAAGUAUUACACUUGAACAUGUCAUGAUCGUCAAAUGGACUUUUUCUUUUAAACAAAUACAUAGUUUAUGUAAUUUAUUUAUGUAUAAUAUAAUACAUAAAACUUUAAAUAAAUUAGUCAAAUUUGAAAAAAAAAGAAUUGAAAUUGUUAAAGUGAAUGAUAGUUUUAUUUAAAAAAUGUUGAAACUUAAUAAUGUAAAAUACUUUCUAUUUAAUUUAUUUUUUAUGUAUUUAUUGUACACAGUGGUGGACUGGGAUGAUUUGGUGUACAAUAUAUUUGAAUACUCUUAAA